AUGGCGCCGCCCGACUUUCCCAGCGCGAAGCUGACACUCUCCUACCCGCUCUAUGCGUGCGACUUUGAUCCUCAAGAUCCGACGAGGUUAGUGGUAGGAGGUGGAGGUGGCGCAGGACGGAGUGGUGUUGGCAACAAAAUUACUGUCCUCAACUCCCCAACCCCGGAUGACCUCAUCGUUGCUGGCGAGGCCGAUCUUAGCCGUGAUGAAGACUCCGUGUCCUCUCUCGCGGUUGGCCCCCGAAAGGGCAAGUCCACCCUCGUCUAUGCCGGUAUAAACUCGAGCCCAGCCGAGCUAGCAAAGGGAAAGAACGAACACCUCCGCGUCUUCUCCGUCGAAAGCACCAAGACUCGCGCUGCCGCCGGCGCUGCCGUUCCCUCCGCAAACGUCAGCGAGCUUUCGCGCACGGCGCUUUUCUCCGCUACACAUCCUGAGGAGUAUCAGCGGCUACUCCGUCUCGGAGCGCCGUCUUCCUCGGGUACGCAAUUGGGGGCCGCUGCCUCGGGUCUAGGAAAGGACCACGAGAUUGCCCUCUUCGAGGUUUCGCCUACGGGGUCUGUCGUUCCCAAGAGCAAGGGCAAGGUGGAGCUCACCAGGCAAGCGGACGACAUCGACUUACUCCAAACGGGCGAGGAUUCUUAUCAGCUCGCGUACUGCCACGAGUAUGAGAUUUAUACAGUGGGCGUGGUCAAGGGCAAGGGUGAGGAUCCUAAGCUGGUGUUCACGACGCCGCACAACGAGGGAACGGGUGCGCCUCGAGCGCAGUUCCGGUGCAUCAGGUAUCUUACGCCCAACUUCAUCUUAGCGAUCGCGAACCUUCCAAAGAGGUCUGGCGUUCUACUUCAGGGUAUUAGGCUACCCACGAAGGAUGGCGAGAACGGGCGGGUGGCUAUCACGACGAAGCUACCCAAGAGGGUUGGCCAAGCCACCGCACUCGCGGUUAGCAAUCUCACGCCGCCCACAUCGCCCGGCGCCAAGAUUGAUCGCGUGCAGUUCCUCAUCGCCGUAGCGGGCCACGACUCUUCGAUAUCACUCUACACGCUAGAACAUAAAUUCAUUCAGACCAUCUCUGUGCUCUUCGAACUCUUCCCCCUCCACACCAUCAAAGACGCACAUCCUCUCCAAAUCACCGGCCUCGCCUUUUCACCAUUUACCGCCCCGAAGACGUCUGGAAAUACCCGGCCCCUGGCCAUUAAGCUCGCCAGCAUAUCCAUGGUCAACACCGUUGUCGUCCACUCAAUCCCCCUCAAGAAGUUCGUCGAUAAAUCCGCCCCGGCCCGCCGCGGCGGCCCCCCCCGACCAGUCCGAUACAUUGUCGCAGCCAAGUCCACCAACCCCGCCACGAAGCCCCUCAUAAUCUCCCUCUCCGUCAUAGUCCUCAUCCUCGCCAUCGUGGCCCAGGCCCUACUCGAGAUAGUCGGCUCCAGCCCGCCCAUCCUCGGUGCGAGCAAGUACUUCAACCCCUACGGUACCCUGCGCAAUCCCCAGGACGAGUUCAUCAACAGGGUGCUUGGUGAUGUCCCCCGAUCGACGCACCAAAAUGUCGUCCUACGCGAAGAACCUGUCCUGACGGGCGAUGAUGGCGUCCAGAUUCAGGCGGGCGUGGACUACGAUGAGGCGCAGGGGAAGGCGUCCUCGUGGGAUGAGCUCACGACGAAACAGAAGGAGCUGUGGAAGGAGAAGCUCAGGGAGCAAGGGUAUUGGGCUGAGAAGAUGGGCGAGGAUGUCUUCCGGGGCGUCUUGUUUGGGCAGAUUGCGGGAGCUAUCGGACAAGCUGUGGGUGGUUGA